AUGAACAAGAUGCCCGACAGGACCGUCAUUCACGUCCAAACGGAGCCCUACGGCCUCACCUCCCAAAAGACUUUGGUCCCUGCUGCCGAGCCGCCUCAGAUCCAACUCUCGUCCCCAAGACACGAGGCCCGCCGUGGCCACCACUCCGAAUCCCUAUCCUCCAAUGAAUCUGAGGAGUACACAGAUUCGACAUACAAGGAACCGGUGGAUGACAGGAAUGGGAGUGUGGUGGGGCUGGGCGGUGACGGGGAUAGUCGGAAGGGGUUGACUUUGAGGAAUUGA